AGUGAAUAAUAGUUUUGGUCAGUGCUCCAAUUCCCUCCACAUCUAUCCGAACUAAAAUUCCCUCCUUCCCUCGUUUUCUGCUCUCGCUUCCCCUUACUUUCCCCCAAAACCCUCUCUCUCUCUCCUCCGAUCCUCUCCAAUUUCACCAAACCCUAGCAAUCGCUCCUUCCUCUCUUCCACACGCAUCUCUCCGCUUCCAUCGCCUAAUCUUCCAUGUCUGGACCUCGAGCUCCCACCCGCUCCGCGCCUCCGCCGCCUUCCUCUGGUCAGAUCCUGCGGCCGAUGAAGCGUCACCUCCCCUUCACGUCUACCAAGCCGCCGUUCGUCCCUCCUGACGAUUACCACCGGUUUUCGUCUGCCGAUGCUCACGGGGUUGCCAAUCACGAACCUGAAGGCAUUGUCGUCAAGUCCCCUCAAUUGAAGCGGAAAAGUGCAAUGGAUGACAAUGAAGUCGGAUCUAGUGAAUGGACUGCCAGUCCUGGAUAUGCUGAUGCAGGUAACAGUCCCUUUCGAACUCCUGUUUCUGGAAAAGGGGGAAGGAUAUACAGCAAGUCAAAGGUCUCAAAGGGCAAUGUAUGUGGACCUCAGACCCCUGUGUCAAAUGCUGGUUCCCCUUCUACUCUUACUCCAGCUGGCAACUGCCGCUAUGACAGUUCGCUAGGUCUUUUAACAAAAAAGUUCAUCAAUUUGAUCAAGCAUGCAGAGGAUGGUAUUCUUGACCUAAACAAAGCUGCUGAGACUUUGGAGGUUCAGAAGAGGCGGAUAUAUGACAUAACAAAUGUUCUGGAAGGAAUUGGUCUCAUUGAAAAGAAGCUCAAGAACAGGAUCCGCUGGAAGGGGCUUGAUGUUUCAAGGCCAGGGGAGGUUGAUGAUGAUGUCACCAUUUUACAGGCAGAAGUUGAAAACCUUUCCCUGGAAGAACGCAGAUUAGAUGAUCACAUCAGGGAAAUGCAGGAAAAGUUGAGGGAUUUGAGCGAAGAUGAAAACAAUCAAAAGUGGCUUUUUGUGACUGAAGAUGACAUCAAGGGCCUACCCUGCUUUCAGCAGAAUGAGACCCUUAUAGCAAUUAAAGCUCCACAUGGGACCACUCUGGAAGUUCCAGAUCCUGAUGAGGCUGUUGACUAUCCACAGAGAAGAUAUCGUAUAGUCCUUAGAAGCACAAUGGGUCCAAUCGAUGUCUACCUUGUCAGUCAAUUUGAGGAAAAAUUUGAGGAGAUGAAUGGGACUCCGCCUCCUUUGAGCUUUCCUCUUGCAUCAAGUUCAGGGUCUAAUGAGAACCCAUCAACAGAGGUCGUCAUUGCUGAUAGCAGUGGGAAGGAACUUGAACCUCAAGAUGGUUAUCAAAUGUGUUCUGAUCUUACUGCAUCACAGGAGUUUAUCGGAGGAAUCAUGAAGAUCGUUCCUGAUGUUGAUAGUGAUGCUGAUUACUGGCUUCGAUCAGAUGCAGAAGUUAGCAUUACAGAUAUGUGGAAGACAGACUCGUAUGUUGAAUGGAAUGGAGUGGAUAUGCUUAACGCAGAGUUUGGAAUGGCUGAUGUCAGUACUCCACUGCCUCAAACACCUCCAUCUGGCCUUACCGAGGGGCCGUCUACUGCUGUUAACCCUACACAUAGGUGAUUUCAACUGGUCCAUUGAGUUUAAUCAAGAAACUCAGGCACCUGCCUCGUAGCAACCUUCUAUGCCCAUCAAUUUUCCUUUUAAUGUCACUGAUUCAGUUCUUGAACUGGGAGUGGAAGAUACCAUUGGGUUGGCCAAUAAUGCAUCAUGCAGAGGAUGGAUGGUAAGCUGGAGGUAACUGCUAGUAUACAGUUGAGAGAUACAGUUGACCCUGUGGUUUAGUAAUGAAUAAAAAAACAAGUUGCUUUUGCUAUUUAAAAGGAACAUGGCAGCAGAUAAUGGAAUGACUAUAGCCAUGUGUGCUGCAAACACAUGAAAUGGAUGUAGCAAGGUUGAGCAUACUGCAUGGAUAUCCUUGCUUUCAGAGAUUUCCCUCAAUUUAACUAACAUGAAAUGUAUCAUGUAUGUUCCUAGACAUUUGGUAUGCAGCCUUGUGUUCUCCCGCAGGAGAGGGGAAAUGAGAGAAGGUGGUGGGUUGGGUUUUGUUGUUCCUGCAACUACUAAGCAGUAUAGAAUAUGGUUAUGGUGAUAAAGGAUGCUGAUUUUUAUUUGAUACAUCUCAGUUCCGGGGAUUGCAUCCUUUCCUAUAGUAUAAAUAUUAUAUGCAAGUUCUGAACUACAAGUUGAACUUGAGUCAACUACUUGGGGAAGUGGAAAUGAAGUUCACAAGCAGAACCAGAGUGCUUGUGAAGGAUUUAGCUUCAUGUUAAAUGUGGUUCUUCCAGAAUCCAGAAUGGAAAUAAUUUGUAGGAGUCUGUGGAAGUAUAACACAUGCUGCAUAAGUACUAGGUAUGUAUUAUGACAUUUAUUCAUCAGCCUUUUUAAAAAAAAAUUAAAUUCUAUUAAUAUCAAGGCAACUGUGAACAUUUUUUUUUGCCUGUCGGAGCCAACUGCUUGGCAGUACCGCAGCUCUGUUUGGUAGUAUGUCAUUUUCAUUCCACAAAGCCUUGAAGAGAAUGAUACUCUUUACUUCAAAGUGGGGACCAAUUUGUUUUGCCCUCUUAGAAGGAAGUGGAUGAAGGGCCUUGGUUCCUCAACAUCUUGGGCUCUUGACGCUGAGAGAUUUGUCCUGUGUCAGGUUUGUUUUUAAAGAAGCUUCCUUCAAUUUUAGAUUAACAUAUUCUGGGGACAGCAUCUGUAUUUAAUUUGUUUCUUUAUUUGGUUUUUGACUUA